GAUGACGUGCGCGUAUCCAACUACGACGACGACGACGUCGACGAAGACUAUCAGGACAACGUCACUGCGAAGGGGCAGCAGCUGGGCUCGCCGUGCGAUGUCUCGUGCAAUCCGAAACUGCAGCACGUGUUCUGCGACACGGUCACUGGUUUCUGCGAGUGUGAAAAAUUCUAUCCAGUUCGUCUCGGCCCCUCGAAAGGAUGUGCCAAACCUAAAAGACUCGGGGAGCAAUGUUUCUAUCGCGCGAGUUGCACUUUUGCGGAUCAACACUCGACCUGCACCCAGGUGCAACACAAUGCCGUAUGCGACUGCGAAGAGGGUUACCAUAGAGUUUCCUUGUCCAGGCCUAGCAAGAAGGUGUUCUGCGCCGAAGAUCUGGUGCUGAUAACGACAGAUAUUCCGACCCUGCUCUGCAUAGCAUCGGGAAUAGCGGUAUUCACGGCGAUGAUAUGCUUCGUGCUCAAGUUAUUCAGCCGCGCGAGAUACUCAAGACCGCGGCACUAUGCCAACGCCAAUCACGCGCCUCCUAUGCUCUUCUCCAGCGACACGGGUAUUCCAUUGACGCUUCACGGUGGCCGACCAUCGUCGCGUUCCAGUCAGAGGAGCAGCACAGGAGGACCGUUGACCUAUGCAUUCUCCAGGAGGCCUAGCAGCGGUGGUAGCCGCGGUCCCCUGGUACCAUCGUCGAGAGCAGGUGCGGCACGUGCCGCCGCCAUCUUGCUUAUAUCGUGUCACCUGCAGGCGACCAAAGGCGGGAACAAGCAUCGACGUACCCUUAGCGAUGUUGCUGAGGGAUCGUCCGACGGCCUCGGUUCACGUCGCCCUAGUUUAACGUCGGUUCACAGUUCGACGUCCUCGGCACGAAGUUACAGCGCGAGACGGCUCGAGAAAGAGAGGAACGAGAAGGAGCAGAGGCAAGCUUUGCAGGAGUUGAGACUGGCGAAACAACGGGAGCAACAGCAGCGAGAGCAGCAGCAACAGAUCGCGCCUACGCCUAGCCCUAGAACGCCUCAUUCCAUGGACGAGCUGUUGCCUUCCGUGGAGGAAGGAAAGGAAGUGUUUUAUAACGAGCAGGUGCCGACGACAUCGGACAUGACCGAAGAAACGUCGAUGAAAACAACGGCCGUAACGACAACCAACAUAAACGCGAGCAGAUUCGGCGAAAUGGCUCCCGUCACAACCUCGACAACGUCCAUCUUCGAAACGAACAUCGCGCCCCGUGCCACCGGUGACAUUUUUCAAGUGUAGUUAAGGACAUAAUUAUCGAUGAACUAAUAUAAUAACUCACGUGACUCGAAUCGAACGGUACAAGCCUAGUGCGAAGGGACGAGGAAUUUUCAUUACACGAAUUACGUAGCAGCACAGUUCCGUAAUAAAGCUAAAAAAAAAAGAAGAAAAAAAAAAAAGAAAGAAAGAAAAUGUCUCGAGUAAGAAAUAAAUGAAAAUAGAGGUGAACGGUUAAUUAGAAGCGAGCGAUUAAAAAUAUAAAACGCGAAUGUCCACGUGCAAAGGGGGAAAAAAAAAAAAUGCUCUGUCACGGACACGGUGCUUUUUUUGAACGAAUAAAAAAGAAAUUGUAGAUACACAAUGGGUACAAAGGAGGCAUGCAGAGUUGUUAAAGUUGAAGUUUUUGCUUGAGCCACGCGCGAAGGCCUAGAAUUUAUUCUAAAAAUGAUAUGUUUUUAUUACCUAGGUACGAAAGGUACAGCUUUCAGUAAUAAAAAAA